AUGGAACAAGGCAUCUUCUUCUUCACAACGCUCCUCUCUCUUAUCUUCACCAUAAUCUUCAUUUUCCAGUUCUUUCUUAAAACAAAACGACGACGUUACACAAACCUCCCACCAAACCCUUUUUCUCUCCCCAUCCUAGGCCAUCUCCAUCUCCUCAAAGCCCCGGUCCACCGAACCUUCCACCGCCUCUCCCAAAAACACGGCCCUAUUUUCUCUCUCUGGUUCGGUUCGCAGCGCGUGGUCAUAGUCUCAUCCCCGUCCGCUGUCCAAGAGUGUUUCACAAGAAACGACAUAGUUUUGGCAAACCGUCCUUCACUGCUCCUAUUCAAGCACAUAGGCUACAACAGCACGACCAUCUCAACCUCUCCAUACGGCGACCACUGGCGCAACCUCCGGCGCAUUGGCGCCAUCGAGAUUUUCUCCUCCGCUCGACUCAACACAUUCGCAAACACACGAAAAGACGAAGUCAAACACCUCAUAUGCAAACUUGCACAAAACUCGGUGCAUGAGUUUGCGAAGGUGGAGUUGAAGUCUAUGUUCACUGAGCUAACCUUUAACAUCAUAAUGACAAUGGUGGCGGGGAAGAGGUACUAUGGGGAUGACGUGUCGGUGGACAAGGAAGAGGCCAAGCAGUUCAGGCAGAUUAUGAAGGAGAUUUUUGCUCAUAGUGGGGCAGCGAACCCAGCAGAUUUCUUGCCCAUUUUGAAUUGGAUUGGUAGCAAUGCUUAUGAGAAGAGGGUGAUGAAGUUGGCUAAGAGGACUGAUUCGUUUUUGCAAGGUCUGAUUGAUGAGCAAAGGAGUAAGGGUAAAAAUGGAACUAUGAUUGACCAUUUGCUUUCUCUGCAGGACUCACAGCCUGACUAUUAUACUGACCAACUCAUCAAGGGCUUCAUACUGGUGCUGUUAUUGGCUGGCACUGAUACAUCAUCAGUCACACUGGAAUGGGCCCUGUCUCAUCUACUUAACAAUCCACAUGUGCUAAGAAAGGCUAGAGCUGAAUUGGAUGCUCAACUUGACCAAGAACACUUAGUUGAUGAACAAAAUAUCUCUAAACUACCCUACCUUCAAAGCAUUAUAUCAGAGACGCUGCGGUUGUGCCCAGCCGCCCCGAUGCUAGUACCACAUUUUGCAUCUGAUCACUGCACUAUUGGCGGAUUCGACGUUCCAUGUGGCACAAUGGUAUUGGUGAAUGCAUGGGCCAUACAUAGAGAUCCACAGUUGUGGGAUGAUCCUGAAAUGUUCAAGCCUGAGAGGUUCAAAAGUGGUGAGGAUCUGUCACACAAGCUCAUGCCAUUUGGAAUGGGGAGGAGAGCUUGCCCUGGAGCAGGCUUGGCGCAACGUGUGGUGGGCUUGACCUUGGGGACAUUGAUCCAAUGCUUUGAGUGGAAGAGAGUUGACGAGGAGGAGAUUGACAUGACUGAAGGUAAAGGAAUCACCAUGCCAAAAGCUGUACCUUUGGAGGCUCUGUGUAAAACCCGCUCUAUUGUGAACAAGCUUCUACCUUGA